AUGGACCUAUCAGCGCAGGCCAAUUCCAAGUGCACAUCAGACUUUAGUAUAGAGAGAAUAUUAAGUGAUGACUCGAAGAAAGAGGAAGUGUCGCCAGCGCCCAGCUGGUUGUGUUGUACGAGAUAUCAGCCACCGCGACUUCCAAGAACAGGUAGCGCCUGUCGGUCACGCCGGUCCGGUCGUCAUGCAAGAGUGCCUUUUACGGCUGCGCAGGCGGCGGCCUUAGAAGCCGCGUAUUCCAGAGCACCUUACCUUGCACCACCAGCAUUGAAGGCACUAGCAUCUGCACUCCAGCUAAGAGAUGAUAGGAUAAAAAUAUGGUUCCAAAACCGAAGAGCUCGUGAGAGAAGAGAAAAAAGUGCAAAUAUUCCGUCGCCACAAAGCGGCAUUGUAAUAUCAACCAAUCAGAGAUCUGCAAUUAAUUCAUCUUGGCUAAAUCAAUCUGACUUACAACAUGUGACGUCUGAAGAAAUGGAACAAAAUUUUACGAAAAGCAAUUAUAUUAGUAAUCUAUAUGAAAGUGAAAACUCGAACGAAAGCUGCGAGUCUCCUCUGAAUGUUGAUACAUAA